GAGCCUCACAUCCCUGAUUCCCCUCAUUUCCCCCCAUUCUCUUGCUUAGCACCUGCCUACCGAUCGCACCUUACUCUACUCUCAUCACCACAAUCAACAACCAUGGCGGAUCGUUUCCCUUCAUUGGAGGACUUCUCUGCGGGCCAGACGGAAGUUGUCGAGACCAACGGUGCCGAUGAGAGCGACUUCCUGGCUCGCGAGCGCGCUGCCCUCGGCGACGAUGCUGAGCAGUUCGCUACUCCUCAAGAUCUCGUCGCCUCCGACGAUGUAAACAAUGACGACGACUUACUGGGUGGUGCGGAUGACGCUCCGGCCGGCGGUGCUGGGCCUCAGGAGCUCGCGGGUUUCGAGUCUUCUUUCCCGGCUCUCGACACACAGAAUGAGCAAGUUGCCCCUGGCGGUACGAUCACUGGGUCGGGCGCUCCCUUCCCCCCUACCGGCUACUCCAACUACACCUACCAAGCGCCAGAUGAGGAGCCAGAGCCCGUCAGGGAAUGGCGUGAGCGGCGAGAUGCGGAUAUCCAACGUCGGGCGGAGCUCUCGGAAGAGAAGAAGGCAGCCACCGUCAAGAAGGCUCAGGAGGAUAUCGAUGACUUCUACGUCUCCUACAACAACAAGACAGACAAGCUCCGUGCCCAAACCAAAGCGGAAGCCGAACAGUUCCUGGCCAAUCGGGAGGACACGUCUUCUGGUGGUACUAGCUGGGAACGUAUUGCCAAACUAGUUGAUGUGUCUGGCAAGGGAACUAAGGGUGGCGCCAGCGGUUCUGGCAAGCAGAGGUUCCGCGAGUUGCUUGUCGAUCUCAAGAAGGACCAGAACGCCCCCGGUGUCAGCGGUGUCUAAGCAAUUGGUUCUUUAGGGUGAAUACCUCGCAAUCGUCCCGGAGGUGCGGACGGGCCGACAUCUGCCAAAGAGGACUUUGGAGCGAUGGUAUCAGACCCAGAAAGCGGAAAAGAAUUGAAGCACCUUUGGAGAUUAUUCCCUAUCCUCUGCAUUCCAGCGCCUCUCAUCACGACCCUCAUCUACUCUCACCUCCAGGUGCAUAUCACGUUCUCAAAUGGACCGUACAUUUUAACACAGAAUACUCCCCGUCCAUGAGCUAAUGGCUUAUUUCCCCACACAUGUGUCUUUAUUCAAUUCUUAAACGCAUGUCUUUUUAUCUUGCUUAUUUCCCUUGACCUAGGUAGAUUACAUGCACAUUGGAACCUUUUAAUCGCUUCUUCUGACACGUCCUACUAUACCUAAACAAAGGGCAAUCCCUGGUCAAGCUGUCGCAAGAUCAAGUGGGUAAAAUAUGUACAUGUUACAAGGAACAAACAGUGACACAUUAAACCCUGCAA